CCCCCCCCCCACAAACACACACAUUGUAACUAUCAAAUUAUUUAAAAAUAUAAAAAAAGAUCCAAAUUUUCACUACCCUCAAGAGUCCAAACAUUCCUCUCCCAUCAAAGACCCCCCAUGAGGCAAUGAGGGAUUAUGCUCCAAAUCUCAGUAUUGCAAAACCAGCUGGACUUGCUUAUACAACUGGUUAAAAGCUUCACAUCAUCUUUUGGCAUAACCCAAAGAACCCCAAACAGUGAAAAUACCAUGGUGCAGAGCUUUCUAGCCACUAUGCAUUGGAGUAGUAGAUGAUCAAUAGUUUCCCCAUCCCUCUUUCACAUGUAGCACCAAUCUAGCACUAACACAGAAUGGAAAACAUAGUAGGCUAGAUCUUAUUCUAGCUUAACGAACCCUUGACGUAUCAAGGGAAAAUAAGCCUGGAAUCCACCAGAAAUUUGAGAAAACCUCAUAAAAUAUUUUUUAUUUCAAUCUAUUGAAAACCAGUGUAGAAAAAUACAUUUUUGUAUGAUACCUUUAGGUUCUAAGUUAGGCCUCCCUGAAAAAUAAAGUCACAAAUAUACCCUUAAAUUUCCUACGACAUCACAAAAGUCCAAACUACCCCCAAAUAGAAUAGCUAAAAUAAAAUAACUAAACUUUGGUCUGAAAAUAAGCAAUAACAAAUAAAACUAAUUAAUUAAUUAUGUGCCCCUCCACCUUGAUUUAUGAUUAUCCACUUUCUCAAGAAAAUCCAGGGAUACUUGUUCUACAACAAGCACAACUAAUCUCUGCUUCCGGAGGUUGUCUGCAUUUAGAAUUUUCCCCAAAUCUGGCCUUUGUUGGAAGUUUAGGAUUCCAUAAACCAUUCCAAGGAAAGGAUUGAUGAGAUGUCGACUGUAACACCCUAUAAUAGGAUUUGACUACAAGGACAUUUUGUGAAGAUGGCAACUGUGAUGCAUGGCAUAUUAUCUUAUUAAAUUUCAUAGCUUAGUGGACAUACAGGUUCAUCAUUUAAGCUUGCUGUGGAUUUUGACAACUAUGUCAACAGCACUUCUUGCUUUGGGGUCUCCUCAAAUGCUGGAAUGAGGAUGUUCACGAUAGAUUUCAAACUGAAUCCCAUUAUGGGCUGCUGGAAGCUUUAAUGAGUGUUUCUUGUUAUAACUUGCAUCAUGUAAAGCAUGUAGUCAUGAAUGAUGAACCGAAUAUUUUACCAAUUUCAUCUCAUAUAAGGUCAAUUACUCCAGUUCCAGUUAAAGAGGUAACUUUUGUCAACUUCAAUAUAGUUGUUUGGAAGAAAAUAGAAAUUUUAAUGAUUUUUUCAGUUUUUUUGGCGGCAUCCCCAAGCAAAACUGCAGAACUUUUGUUGUAUCAUCCUAUUCUGCGUGUGAUUGACUGUGUAGUUGUUUAUACACUAUAAUAAAAGGGAAUAGUAUGAUGUGUAUUUACAGUAGUGGUCAAUUGUAAUGCACUCUGAUUUCUCUCAAGCUCUUGAUAACUUUUUCUCUGGCUCUAUUGAUUAUUGAAGGACUCCAAAGGGCUUUCUGAGGCAGAAAGAGACCUGAAAAAGCUGAAAGAGCGAGCAACUAAAUGAUGAUUUUCCUGUUGGUCCUUUGAUAAGGAAGUUUUGAGUCACCAAUUUGGUGUCAUGUAAUUAAAUGAUAUGGGCAAAUUUGAGUUGGUAAAUAUUUUCUCUUUUGCGAAAAUACAGUUAUGCUGCACUUGGACAAGACACUUCAAAGUACAGUCACCUCGCUAGCUGCUCGUGGCCAUGGGAAAUCUGCUGCACUUGGUUUAGCAAGUGCUGGAGCUAUUGCUGCAGGGUAAUCUAAUAUCUUUGCAACUGCACCCAGUCUGGAAAACUUGAAAACCUUGUUUGAAUUUAUUUGCAAGGGUUUUGAUACUCUUAUAAGGUAUGGGCGUUAUCUAUCAUUAAGAUGGUAAUGUUAUUUACUAUCAUAAAAUGUUUUUAUGAGGUUCUUGUGGUAGGUCGGUAGUUGCUGUAAUACAUAAAUAUUUCUCUCAGGAGACCUUUAUCAAAAUGAUAAUCCUGGAGUACCUUUUCUUUUGAUAGGCAAGUUACACACCCACUUAGUGGGUCUUGAGCCCAUGACCUCACCCUCCACCGAGCACUUGCAAGGUUAGGAGAGGCUAGUUGAGCUAGAGCUCAUUGGCAUAGUCAUGGAGUACUUUUUAAUACAUAACUUGAACAUAUUAGUUUUUCUAGUAAAUUAACUGUGACCUUGGUCAGCUAAGAGACUGUAUGCUAGUGUGAAUCAAUGAUGCAUCUUCAGAAAAUGAAAUAUAGAAAAUUGGUGUAUAGGCAUUCCUUCAGUCUGCAAUGACAUUUCCAAAUUAAGGUUCAGUUCAUAUUUUGUUAAUGAAGAUUGUCUUCAGGAGCGGACAAAAUUUAGAAGUUGAAUAAUAGUUUUUUAGAUGUUUUAGUUGUAAAAAUGAUCUACUUCCCAAGUAUAUGUGGUGCUUGAAGUUGGUUACACUUUUGAGGGAUAUGUUCAGUUUUGAUGUAUGCUUUUGUGUUCCUGAAAAGAUGUUAUCUCAUUCAUUCUUCUUUUCGGAGUUCACUGUUUAUAUAUUGAAAAUGGUAUACUGAUCAUCAAGUAAACUGUAACCCAUGUAUUCAGGAACAUUUAGAUUUUGAUGUGGUGAAAAGUAAUAAUCCUGAAUUCAAGAAAGCAACUGCGCGGAUCAAUAUUUACAAGCAACACAGACAAACAAUUUAGGUUAAUUGACUUAAAUGGAUUUUUAUUGUUUAAUGUGACAUUAUCAAUUUUUUCUCUGUAUGGCUAUAUUGUAGGUAUGUGAAAAUGGUUUUACAUAAUGAUGGUCCUUAUAAUGUUAUAUGCAACAACUUAUUCAAAAAAUGUUAGAUGCAACACUUGGCCAGCUGCAUAUGCUAAUGCAGCUGAUCAUCUGAAAUAGAUUGUGCUAUAUGUAAGCGGUCGUAGUUUCUGCCUUUUAAUGUAAUUUUAUAGUACAAGUCACAAUAAUCUACAUUCAGAAGAUAUUGGUCUCGUGCAUGGGGUUUGAUAAUUUUUGUCAUCACUAGAUUUCAGGCUGAGAUUACUAGAUUAUUGAAUCUUAGCUUUCGUGAAAUGGAGUAUAAGCUUGUCAUGAGGUUGGUAUUUGAAAAUUCACCCUUUUCAGAUGUGUGUUCAUUUUCAAAUAUGCUCAUGCUACUCAUAAUUUUUCAGCAUCCUGGAUCCAAAGAUCAAUUUCAUGGAGCUGGAAUCUACACUUUCCACAUCAGAUGGAUUUUUGAGUUCAUUUAAAAUAUGUUGUCACCACAUGAUAUGAAGUGACUGGAAGCUUAUACCAACAAUCAUGCUGGCUUCCAUUUGAGAAACUUCCAGUUACAUUGUCAUAUGCACAGGCUUCUGUUUUGCUCUGCAUUGGCUUGCAAGGCCAUAGCUUUUCUUAUCUCGAGGGACAGAUGAAGCUAGAAAGAGAAUAAAUAAUGUCACUGUUUAUAAAAGUUAUGAAAACGUUCUACAAAUAUUUGCUCGGUAUUUCUUCCAAGGAGGUUGAGUCAACGCUGCUUUGACUGAAAGAAGAUCUACCACUAUUUGCAAAAUAAUUAGGGAUCUACCAUUUUUUUAAACUCGAGUUUGCCGUGUAACUCAAGUUUCACAAGGUAUGUCUCCUUUGUUGCCCUCUCAUCCUUACUAGAGAGCUCAUGCCAGGUUCUGGGCUGAUUUUGUUGAUAACAAGGUUUAUUAUGUUUCAAGGAAGGUAUUGACCACAAAAGGGGAAGAGCUAGAGGCAGGCAAGAAGGAAUUCAUUGAAACCUUCAAGAUAUUGGAGUGGGAGCUUGGUGACAAACUUUACUUUGGGGGUGAAACAUUAGGGUUUGUGGACCUUUCUCUUAUCCCCUUCUACAGCUGGUUCAUUGCCUAUGAGAUCUUUGGCAAUAUCAACAUAGAGGCAGAGUGCCCCAAGAUUAUUGCAUUGGCUAAGAGGUGCUUGCAGAUGGAAAGUGUGGCCAAGUCUCUUCCUGACCAGAAGAAGGUUUAUGAGUUUGUUGGGCAGUCGAGGAAAAGGGAUGGCUUGGAGUAGAGUAAUGCAAUGGCGGACAAGGUGAUUCUGAUGGAUUUCUGGGGCAGCAUGUUUGCGAUGAGGGUCAGGAUUGCACUGGCCGAGAAGGGUAUCGAGUAUGAGUGCAAGGAAGAAGACUUAUGGACAAAAAUUGCAGUAAAGAGCCCCCUGCUUUUAGAGAUGAACCCCAUUCACAAGAAGAUCCCAGUUCUCAUCCACAACGGGAAACCGGUGUGUGAGUCACUCAUCAUUGUUCAGUACAUAGAUGAGGUCUGGAAGGAUAGGUCUCCUUUGCUGCCUUCUCAUCCUUACCAGAGAGCUCAUGCUAGGUUUUGGGCUGAUUUUGUUGAUAAAAAGGUUUAUGAUGCUUCAUGGAAGGUAUGGACCACCAAAGGAGAAGAGUUGGAGGCAGGCAAGAAAGAAUUUAUUGAAGCCUUCAAGAUAUUGGAGGGGGAGCUUGGUGACAAGCCUUACUUUGGGGGUGAAACAUUUGGGUUUGUGGACCUUUCUUUUAUCCCCUUCUACAGCUGGUUCAUUGCCUAUGAGAUCUUUGGCAAUAUCAACAUAGAAGCAGAGUGCCCUAAGAUUAUUGCAUGGGCUAAGAGGUGCCUGCAAAAGGAGACUGUGGCCAAGUCUCUUCCUGACCAGAAGAAGGUUUAUGAGUUAGCCGUGCACUUGAGGAAAAGGGAUGGCUUUGAGUAGAGUAAUGGUUAGGCUCGAAUCUGGAAGUGUCAACAAGUUCAAAUGGCUGUUUAAUAGUGUUGAUUACGUUUUGUAAUGUGUAAGUUUUGGAUUUGUUUACUUUCAAAAUAAAGUCUGGGUAUGUUUCAUCUAGGUCUGUUGAACUUGUAAGACACUUUGGUAUGUUUACUGAGCUUUAAAUCUAAAGGGCAUGCAUUGUAUCAUAAAUAAGGGAGACGUUGUUGGGCUUGUAAUGUUAGAUCAUGAUGUGAAUUUAUUUUGUUUGGAGUAUACAUAAAGUUUGGUA